UUAGCUCCUACCUUGGUUCUUUCAGCUUCAUAAAGCAGUCACCGUAACAGCUCAUAAGGAAACCUGCUGCUUGUUUAUAAACAUAUGCGUGUUUAGAUUUUAACGGAAAAGCUGAUAGAUUGUUACCAAGGAUGGCUGCUGUUUCUCCAACGUUGGGUGCUGUAAUCUGCUGGAUUAGUCUAGGUAUUGUACAAGGAGGUGGGAAAGUAUACUCAGACAACAUUACCCGUAUUUUGGACCGACUUUUGGAUGGAUAUGACAAUAGAUUACGACCUGGUUCUGGGGGUGGGAUUACAGAAGUAAAAACAGACAUCUUUGUCACCAGCUUUGGACCUGUUUCAGAUGUAGAGAUGGAAUACACCAUGGACAUGUUCUUUCGUCAGAUGUGGGUAGAUGAGAGGCUGAAAUUCGAGGGUCCAACCGAAAUUCUGCGUCUAAACAACAAGAUGGUGGACAAGAUUUGGACCCCAGACACAUUCUUUAGGAAUUCCAAGAAGUCGAUUUCCCAUAACAUGACCACGCCGAACAAGCUAUUCCGCAUCAUGCAGAACGGGACUGUCCUCUACACCAUGAGGCUAACAAUUAAUGCCGAGUGUCCGAUGAGUCUGAUGAAUUUCCCCAUGGAUGGCCAUGCGUGUCCUCUAAGAUUUGGAAGCUUUGCAUACACCAGCAGUGAAAUUAAAUUCACCUGGAGGAAGGGGCUAAGAGCUUCUGUUGAGUGUCCAAAAGAGUCCAUGAGUCUCCUGCAGUAUGAUCUCGUUGGACAGACUUUGUCCAGCGAGAUCAUGAAGUUAAACACAGGUCACUACUCAGUGCAGGUGGUCCAUUUCCUCUUGCAGAGGAAGCUUGGCUACUACCUCAUUCAGACCUACAUCCCUCUUAUAAUGAUCGUUGUUCUGUCGCAAGUCUCAUUUUGGAUCAACAAAGAAUCCGUUCCUGCACGCACAGUUGCAGGCAUCACCACAGUACUGACCAUGACCACCUUGAGCAUCAGCGCCCGCCAGUCUUUGCCUAAAGUUUCCUACGCCACAGCCAUGGACUGGUUCAUUGCUGUGUGUUUUGCCUUUGUUGCAUCAGCUCUGGUUGAAUUUGCAGCAGUGAAUUACUUCGCCACUUUGCAGGCGAAUCACCUGAAGAAGCAGAAAGCCAGGCAAGACAGACUAGAGGUGUUAGCUGCUGGUAGCGAGGAUGACGACACCAUUUCGUCGGACAGCAGCCCUCAGGGGGGCCUCAAGAGGAGAAACCACUCAGUGAGCUACAGUGAGCCAGACGAUACUCCUCCACUACCCGUUUUCUUUCAGCAGGGAUCAGCUUUUCCUCAAAUCCCACAGCUGGCCGGAACAAGCCCGAUUGACGUCUACGCCCGUGUCCUCUUCCCUCUGACCUUUGCUCUUUUCAACCUAGUUUAUUGGUACAUCUACUUGGCCAAAGACCCCUUGGAGAUGGUCGGGGAAAGGGAUUUUGAAAACUAGGAAGACUUUUAGAGGAGCAACCUGAGAGACCUUCAGCAUCACACUCCCCUCCAAGUUGUUAGCAUUCACUCUGCUUCUCCCUGACAGAGGAGAUGUUUUAGAAACUCCUGAUUCUCCAGCAGGACAUUUCUGAAUUUCAGGCUGCCUGUUUGUGUCCUGAUCAGUGGCUGACGGCACGCCUCGUCAAAAGGAAGCUGUGGUCUCUGCAAACCCCACCGCCCACCGCACGUCACCUUCUCAAGUCGAGCGAGACCCCACGCACAAGCUUGUUCAGAUGCACACUUAGACACCAAGAAACACAUCAAAAAGAUGAGGAUGAUAUAAUCUGCGAUGGCUGUAACGGGUGGUGAUGCAACGGUGAACCAAUGCUUUCAGAGGCCUGCCCUCUACAGAGGCACCGCUCCCUCUACAACAAGAUCAAAGGCAGUUUGGAAGAGGCUUGCAUCUCCCUCGCUUCAAAAUUCUGUUCAAACCUGCUAAAAUGAAUUGUGGCACCAUGUUUUCCUUCUCGCCUCUCUUUGCACUUUCGGAUGUUACUGCAGUAAAGAAUGCAAAUGAAAUGUGUUGGUUCAAGGGUACCUUUCUCAGAAAAGCUUCAUUAUUAAAAACUGGGACAAAUGUUUAUCUACUACAAUCAAGUAUAGUGCAGAAAUACUUCACAGAAGUUUACUAUGGGUGUGAUGAUGUCAUGCACUGCAACCCCAGCUUUCCACUGGAUGUGUAAGUGACUCAUAACGUACGGUGCAUCUUACACACGACCUCAGCGGAGCUUUCCCUACCAUUAGCAGCAUUUCAGACACCAAACGGCAGCGAAAGCAUUCCGUGCAGCUGGUCCCAAGAUGCAAAGUCACUAAAUCACUGGAGAAUUGCAUGAACAUGCGUGAUUUCGGCACUUCACAAGAUAACAAGCACAUAAAAAGAUGACAACUUGUUAUGCAUAAAUGUAUGUGGUUUAUUUUCUGCUCUGGAAAUCUGCCUGACUUUAAUCUGAAAGUUUCCAGAUGUUUUACACCGCUCCCGUGUUUGACUUCCUGUCUUGCUUGAUCUGAACUGCUGAGCUUGUUUCAUUCUGGAGGUGUAGGCACGUUUAAAAUGCGACGCGUACGGCCAGUGGAAAUGCACCCGUCCACUGUAAUGGCAGCUACCUGCAGCAUACUACAAUUCAUGGGCAUUAUGCGACGCUUAAGCUUCUAGUGGGAUGUUUUACCCGUUAAUAUUUAAAAUCCUUUUGCAAACAAACUAUUCUUAUUUCUGUAACUUUUAAGACGUAAGCCAUUAAACCACAUUGAAAUGAAGGUAUAUUUUGUCUUCUGUUACCCCACUGUAUCUCUCCCUGCAGUAUAGUUUCCUCUCAAAUCUCCAAAUUCAAGCUUCCGUACACAGCAGUUCUAUUUCAGCAAAUAAAUAAAUAAUAAAAAAUUUAACAAAUUCCCUUUCAAACUGAUGGGUCUCGUUUUACUUGUCUUACGUCACGUAUGAAAACAUUCAGAAAACCCUCUUUAAAUUUUUCACAUCAACUGUUUGUCUUAGGCUUUUGCUGAAUCCGUGUUCAUGUCUGCUACUCGAUAACUUUGCUGCCACUGAGUGAGAGAGGCACUGGCGGUUACCGUGGUGACCCAGAUGAACAGCUGGCAACAGCAGCAACAUUUCUGUUAAUGCUGCUCUUCCAGUUUAUGAACCAAAUAAAUGCUGCAGUGAUACUCCUUUAAAAGUCCCCAGAGAUGUCCAUUUCUGUUUUUAUCUUCCAAACGUGUUGGGCAGGAAUGUUUAAAUGUGAAGGAGGUGCUCACAGAGGAUGAAAUGUUCCUAUUGUAACAACAUUAAAGCAGAUGGGGAAAAAACUUUUAAUCUGACCGUUUGACCUUGUCAGAAUUGAAACAAAACAACGCGUUAAGAAACAUUAAUGAUGAUUAAAACAAGACAAAGAGAAAACGUUGUUGAUGUUCCCUUUUUUAUUUCACAUCCACUUGUCCCUUUAACGCUUUUCUCUGCAAUGGAAACUGCUCAUCCACCAUCAUCACUCUCCACGCUUUGAUCUCGGGCUGGCUGCACGCAUGCGCCCCUCAUUGGCUCCUCUGCACC